ACACACAGCGGAAGUAAACAACACAGGCUAAUAGCUGUUAGCCGCAAGAUGAUAUUGCAGUCGUAACGUAGAUAAUUUCCUUAAUUUAUAACCGAGCAACAAUGCCUUCAGUUGAGUAUUUGGGAGAGUUUGUCAACGAGCGACUAACGACUGCUGCUAAAGAAAUAUUCGGAGUUUUUAAGAGAAUCAUCGUGGAGUACGAAGAGGAGAUCAACCGUCAGCGGAGACUGUUGGAUAUCAUCUGGAAACCUGAAAUAAAAUUACACAGGAUAGAGCUCCCACAGCAUCAUGUCUGUAAGGAGGAGGAGGAGGUUCUCUCUGAGCAGCAGCUCUGUAUUCAGGAGAGUAACACCAGUGUGGACCAAGACGACCCAAAGCCUCCACAGGUUAAAGAGGAGCAGGAGGAACUUUGCACCAGUCAGGAGGGAGUGCAGCUUGUACUGAAGCAGGAGACUGAUGCCUUUAUGUUGACUCCUACUGACAAGCAAAGUGACCACGGUGAAGAUCAGACUCUAUAUUUUAAUCCUGAAAAAUGUCUGAGUGCAGAACAGACAGAGCUCUCUGCUAACGUGUGUAGCAGUUGGCUUAAAGACAAAUCUGACUGUGAUAACUGUGAAGAAUCCAGACCAAACAGAGACCACAGAAUCCUCUUGCACAACUCUCAUGUGGCUGAGAGCCAUGAUCAGAAAAGAGACAAGCAUGGAGAGUCGCCUACAAAUGUAGGGCUAAAACUACAGAAUCAACAUCACAAAAGCAACAGUCAUUACGGUAAUACUCACACAGAUAAAAGGUCUUUCAAAUGUGGCAUGUGUGCUAGAGCUUUUAAGUGCAAGUCAAAUCUGAAGAGACACCUGAUAAUACACACAGAUGAGAAGCCAUACUCUUGCAACACCUGUGGAAAAAAAUUCAAUCGUAAUAGUGGCUUGGUGGACCACCUGAGAAUCCACGCAGGUGAGAAGCCGUAUACUUGCAACACAUGUGGGAAAGGUUUCAGAUCUAGCAGUCAGCUGAUUCGCCAUAUGAAAACCCACACAGAUGAGAAACCGUAUUCUUGUAAAACAUGUUGGAAAGAUUUCAGAACUAGCACUCACUUGAUACGCCACAUGCGAAUCCACACAGGAGAGAGGCCGUAUGCCUGCAAAACAUGUGGGAAAGAUUUUGGUUCCAGCACUUACUUGAUUCGCCACACGAGAACACACACAGGUGAGAAGCCAUAUUCUUGCACCACCUGUGGGAAAUAUUUUGGACGUAACAGUGACUUGAUAGUCCAUGUCAGAAGAAUCCACACUGGUGAGAAACCAUACUUCUGUAAGAUCUGCGGGAAAAGAUGCUGUGAUUCGUCUGGUUUGGCAAAGCAUAAAAGAUCACAUAAAGGGAAGGGAAGCAGCCUUGUAUUUGCUAGAUAUGUGGGAGAUGAUUCAGUUCUCGUGGUUCAUGGUCAAAACACAUAAUAAUUUACAGAACUGAGGAGCCACAUGGUUGCAGCACUUAAAGAAAAAGUUUAACUUACAUCAUGUUCUUGGCGGGAAACACCUGAGAAUCAGUGCACACAGGAGAAACCAUUGAGUUGAUUCUUUGGACAACAAUAUGAUAUUUGCUGAUACCACAAAGUCUGCCACAUUACCAUUUCAUUUUGAUUUAAUACAGGGGCCUGUGAUCAAUAUGAGACAAUAUUAAAUCUUUAUUUUCUCUUUCUUGGCUGCUUACCAUUGUCUGCCUGCUGAUAGGCUGCUAGGACUAUUAGUUUGUCAAGGAAGGAUGUGUGCUUCAACAGAUAUUGUCAAAUAGACUUGCCAUGGGAAUUUCACCAGGACUUGCUGCUCCAAAAAUGGUAUUUACACAUCAUGGCCUCAGUAACACACAGGGGCCAAUGUGUAUGAGUACUGUCAUGUUUCAUACUUAAAAACUACAUUUCUCUGAGAGUGAUGUCAUGUGUUUAUAACAUUUUAAAUGCAUGGGUACUACUGUGUUGUGUGUGUUAAUUUAUUAUUUUUUAAAUUGUGUUAAAUUUCUGCUGCUGUUUUUUAUGUAGUCGAGUUGUAUAUUGUUGUGCACCAUUAAAACAAGUUCU